CUGGGUACAAUUAGCACCCAGAGAAGGGUCCAGGAGACACAGAAAGCAGUAUGUUGCCAAACUGCCUGAGUGACCAAUACAUCCAUUAAUCAACCAAACAACAAGCAUUUAUAAACAUCCCACGAUGUCCCAAGCAGUGGGACACGUGCUGGGGAACAUAGAGAGACAACAUGUAAAUCUAUACACAUAUAGAAGCAAUCAGCCUUUCAAUAAGGUUUUAAGCAGCAUACUCGAAGUGUCAGGCACAGGGCAAAAGAUACAAAAAUUAAAGCCAUCCGUGUCCUCAAGGAGCCCAUCUAGAUGCAUGUAUUCACAAAACACGUAAGAAGUCUAGUUUUGGUGGGGAGGUGCAGGUUUUCCUGCCAGGGCCAGAAGGCUGCUCAGCAUGCCCCAGCUCCCCUGAGGCCAUCACUGCUCCUGUCCUCUCCUCUCUACCUGCCUUCUUCCUCUCUCAUUCACCCACACCCUGCCCUCUUCUUCUUUAGGCUCCUCUCUCCCAGACGCCUCACAGAAGUGGACUGCUCAUGUGACUUCACAUCAGCCGCUCAGGCCCGGAACUUUGACAGGGCUUCUACGUACCAAGAGGUCCUCAGACUGACCCAUGAUGGCACCCAGCUACAGAACUUUACCCUGGAUCCAAACAGUCUCCUGGUGGAUGGAUAUUCUACCAAGAGAACAGAUGAAAAAACUAAGAAAAUUGGUGAGUAUGGCAUCAGCCUCGCCCCAUACCAGUUCCCUAUAUGUGUGUGUGUUGGAAGGGGAGCUGAGGGUGAUCCUUGAAGAGUAGGAGAGUUGGGGGAGGGCAGGAACUGAGUGUCCAGGAUGACUUUCCUCUCACCCUAGCCAGCACUCAAUGCUGAGCAUCCAAGAACACUGUCUUCG